AUGGCCGGUAACCAAGGCACUUCGCGCUUUUCGCCCUCUUCUUCCUCUCAGCAAAACAACCGCGGAAGCCUUCGCGGUCGCGGCUCCACGAACCGCCGCGGAGGGCUUAUGUCGGCGCGCGGUGGCUUCGCAAGUAAUCCAUACGUUAUAAGCCAGGCUAUCUCCAACCAUAUGCAGCCCCGGCAGGUCAACCGCUCUCAGGCUUCUUCCAGCGUCCCAGUUCCGAAGGACGCACAAGCUCCUAAGGACGGUAUAACCACGGUCUCCACUGGAAUGCAGACCCUCGAAAUCGCCAGCGGAGAUAAAGUUGAUGCAUCUGGCCAAGAUGAGAAAGGAAACAAGACUUCCGACGGCCCUACCAUCUCAUGCAACAACUGCAUUAUUCUCAGGAAGCGCAUUGUGGAGCUCGAAGCCCUCGUGCAGAGUAACCACAAGGUCGACAACGCUUCCAAUGCUGCGACCUCCGCCGACACCGAUGUCAGUAACCUCGCCGAUGCUUUCGAGAAGGGCGUCGAACCAUUUCGCCACAUGUUUGGCGACUUUGUCAUGGAAAUCCGACGCAUCAGCCCGGAAUCUCAGGCCAAGAACGACAAGGCAGAGCCCGCCAUUGAGGAGCAGUCGCCGAAAAUGUCCAGUUUCCCCAAGGACACUAUCAUGAGCGAGUCCACUGAGCCGACGACUCUAGUUCCCCAGGAGUCGAAAGGAAAGAGGCUUUCAGCUUCCUCUCUAGAUUCUCCCAUGCCCGAUAUCCCGCAGCUCACCAUUCAAGAUAUGGCGAACUCAGAGGUUCCUGUCACGACAAAGACAGUUCCUCGCACCGAUGCUCACACCGACGCAACCCUGCAGCGCUCUAGUCGCUUGCCUCCUAAUCUUCCUCUACCGGAGCAACGCUCCGAGAAGGGCAUGGGCUCCCUUCCAAAAACGGACAUGAGGACGGUCAAGGCCAGCUUGGACAUGAGUCAAUGGGCAGGGAAGAAGUUCCCCUCGGAUGCCACGAGCGAUAACACUGCUACCUCCCCGGAGCAGUCGGGUCGCCAGACCCCGACUGAGACUCAACCUGGUAAGACAAGUGUGAUGGGAAGUCGCUGGGCUACGGGUGAGACGGAUGCAUCUUCGCCUCUGAGUCCUGAUAAGAGAAAGCCUAGCAUGGGCCGAAGCAAGUGGCCCAAGAAGACCUGUCCGAACGGCAAGAAGUGGUAG